UGCCAUGUGUGGCAAGAGGCACCGCAGGGCUGCUGGGGAUGGCGUGGAGCCACAUGGAAACAGCCCCAUUCCCUGCCCCAGAGUGUGCUGGGAUGGGAAUCCCUUCCUCCAGUGCAGCAGCAGCCAUAGGGAGCACGAUGUGGGGCACAGUGUGGGACUGGCACCGUGGGAUGCUCUGACCAUGCAGCUCCCUUCCCUGUUCCCACUCCAGCUAUUUAAGGCCGGUUCCUGCCGGGACCCGGGCAGGGGACAUGGAGCGCAUGGAUGUGACCGAGACCUUCUCCGGUAUCUCCCUGCCGGGACACCUCCACACGCAGGACUCCCUCAGCUUCGCCGUCUCUUUCCCGUUCCGUCCUUCCGACGUGGUCAUCGCCACCUACCCCAAAUCGGGCACCACUUGGAUGCAGGAGAUCCUGACGCUGCUGUUCAGCCAUGGGGACGUCCUCCCAGCCAAGACCAUCCCAAACUGGGAGCGGGCACCAUGGCUGGAGCAGAUCUACUUCAGGGAGGCCCUGCAGGACAUGCAGGACACGGCUGUGUGCCGGCUCAUCACCACCCAUCUGCCCGCCCGCAUCCUGGCCCCUGCCCUGCAGCAGGGCAAGGCCAAGGUGAUCUACGUGUCCAGGAACCCCAAGGAUGUCGCUGUCUCCUUCUACCACUUCCACCGCUUGGCCAAGUUCCUGCCUGACCCUGGAUCCUUUGACUCCUUCCUCACACAGUUCCUCGAGGGCACAGUGCACUACGGCUCCUGGUUUGACCACGUCAAGGGCUGGCUGGGCCAGCGGCAGCUCCUCAACAUCUUCUAUGUCACCUAUGAGGAGCUGCACCAGGACCUGCGUGGCACCGUGCAGCGGCUCAGCACCUUCCUGGGCUGCCCACUGGAACCGGAGACACUGGCAGCCCUGGAGCAGCACUGCAGCUUUGCCACCAUGCGUGACAAUGCCAUGGCCAACUACUCCCUCAUCCCCAUGGAGAUCAUGGACCACAGCCAGGGAUGCUUCAUGAGGAAAGGUGUUGUGGGGGACUGGAGGGACCACUUCUCCCCAUGGCAAAACGCUCUCUUCAACCGCCUCUAUCAGGAGGAGAUGGGUGCCCUGGAGCUGCCCCUGCACUGGCCCAUGGCCUGAGGGGCUCUGGGGAGCCAGGGAGGCCACUGCACAAUGAGAGCAGCUCCCUGAGCCCUGCUGAAGGGGAUGCAGCCUGCAUGGGGAUCCCCCCAAGCCCCAUGCACCACCCCAGGAGCUGGGGGUCUGGUGUGGGGGGGCUGUGUGCAUGACACCUCCCGGGGAUGGGGGCACUGCUGGCUAUGGAACACAGGGGUCCUGCCCUGGGGGGCAGUGAAUGGCCAUGACCUGCUUCCACCCCAUGGAAAUAAAUAUUUAUUGGUGUUCCCA